GAAACAGUUGGAUCUGAAGCACAGUUGGAAACAAUAUUGGGAAUCACAGAAGGAUUUAAAAAAAUCCAUAUUUAUAAAUAAAUUCUAAUUCUCAUUUUGAUUGGGAGCCAGUUUUUUUUGUAAAGCUAAUGGAUCUUAAUGGCACCUUCAGGAGCACACCGCCUCAAAAUAAUCAAUGGAGGUGGUUAAUAAUAGUUAAUAUCUCAAAAUAACCUACUGUUGCUAGGAAGGAAGUACAUUUUUACCCAUUUUACUCAGCUCAGAGGGAAUGUGAAAGCUUGUAGGAUAGGUCUACUCUAACUGGGACUAACCAGCAAGAGUUUAUUCUAAUUCUAGUCGUUAAUGUUGUUAUUUGCCUUAAUAAUGAAUUGGCCUUCGAGGAAAAGGAAUAUAUUCUCACAGUUCUCCAGAAAGUUGAUCUUGGAGAGCGUUUCUGAAAGACUCAAUGAAUUCUGAUGUCAGAUACAUGCCCUGGUUGAGAUCCUACAUCAGAGGUUGCAAUGUGUAGAUGAUAAACAAUGAUGUUAUUGAACAACACACAACUGGAUCCUGAGCAAAUACUCUUGUGAAAUGAGAGCUCCCAUUAUGCAUCAGCACACAUCAUAACAAUGAAAGAGUUGCACAACAACCAAGCUGCUGAAUUCAGUUGCACAAUUGCUACAUCUCCCCACCCCUCCUAAGAAUAACAGUGUUACAUAACCAUGUGAUUGAAAAUCGGUUUGCAAUGAUUUAACAGGCUGCCAGCCCCUUUUUAUUUCAAUGCUGCUUAUAUCCAGGCUUUGCUACUCCUUGCUGGUUCCACUCCCUCAUAGCUGCCUGUAGGCAGAGUACAGAGUUCAAAUAAAGAUUGUGGAGAUUUCCUUGGAAUAGAUAGCUAUACAGAAACCGGUGCCGGGUGCUUGCUCUGUUUACCUGUGUUAUGGGGGCCACUCGCUGGGGCAUUUGCUCUGCUGGAAAGAUCAGCCAUGAUUUCUUAGAGGCCCUGAGGACACUUCCUGCAGAAGACCAUAAGGUGGUGGCUGUUGCAUCUCAUGAUCUCCACCGGGCUCAGGAAUUUGCCAAGAUGCAUGAUAUUCCAAAGGCUUAUGGUUCUUACGAAGAAUUGGCUCAUGAUUCUAGCAUUGAUGUGAUAUAUAUAGGGGUGAUACCUCCAUACCAUCUUUCAGCCACCCUCCUUUUCAUUGAAGCUGGAAAAAAUGUGCUCUGUGAAAAGCCAUUUGGCAUGAAUGCUGCAGAAGUCAAGACAAUGGUGAAGGCAGCUCAAGAAAAGAAUGUCUUCCUAAUGGAGGCUUUCUGGACCCGUUUCUUCCCUGCUUCAGAGAAGAUGCAUUCCUUGCUGAAGCAAAGAGCCAUUGGGGACGUGGUGGUGUUGCAUGCUGAAAUUGGAAGCCUACCAAGUGUUCCGUGGGGAGCGCAGAAAGAGCUUGGGGGAGGCGCGCUUCUAGCUGUGGGCCUCUACUGCGUCCAGUUGGCCUGUAUGGUUUUCAACAGAGAGAAGCCGGAAUCCAUUGUGGCUUCAGGGUUCCUGUAUGAAACAGGAGUGGAUCACACAGCAUCAAUCAUCUUAAACUACUCCGGUCAAUGUCAGGCUGUCCUCACAUACACCAGGAGGGCCAACCUACCGAAUCGGGCGAGCAUUUGCGGGACCAAUGGAAUAAUUGAGUUUCCAAGUACUUUCUGGUGCCCAACCCAGCUGGCUGUCAAUGGCCAAAUGGAAGAGUUUCCUCUCCCUUUGCCAUCCCAGAAGCUGAACUACCCCAACAGCACUGGCCUACGCUAUGAAGCAGAGCACGUCCGACAAUGCCUUCUUCAAGGUCUGAAGGAGAGUCCCAUUAUGUCUCAUGCUGACAGUGAACUGGUCCACUCCAUCCUGGAUGAAGUCCGGAGGCAAAUAGGGGUGUCCUAUCCACAAGACCACCCCUGAUCUAUCCUUCACUUGGCCUUUUAAGAGAAAGCAACAGAAUGGCAAGUGAAGACCUUCAAAGUUAUUCUCAUUGAAAACUCCAUUCCUACAAGUAUGGAAGAAAUCACUGUCAAUAAAAGAGAAGUUUGUUGUUGUUUA